UUAGAGAUGAUAUUCUGAACCAAACAAACCCAGACAAGAAGCUCCAACCAUGGCUGCUCUGCAUUCAGAAUGGAACCUCCACCGGAGUUACCCCCAUUUUUUCAAGUGCAGAUUGGAACAUCAUACCCACCAUUCAAUCGAGGGCGGGCGCGCUGAUCCCACAUAUGGGUUCACUGUUGUGCCAUUGACAGAAUGGAAUUUUGAACUGCAAAAGCCAUAUGAUGUGCCGCUGGAGGAGCGCUACAGCUAUGAAAAUGGAGUAAGGAAGCUGUGGGUGUAUGCUGAUGAUAAGCCCCAUGACCCUAACAGUCUCACUCAGCCACGGACCGAAGUCCGCAUUCGGGGACUUGACUACUCAUCUGGGGUUUGGCAGUUUGAAGGGUAUGGCUUUGUGCCAAAUGGAACCUCUGGUGUGACUGUCUCCCAGAUACAUGGUGCAGCUCAGGCCGCUACAACUUUGAUUCUGAGGAUCUACAAUGGUGAUAUGAGGUACUAUAGUGCUGAUCUGAUAGCCACUGGUAUGUAUGAUACGUGGUUCAGGCUUAAUGUCAUCCACGACGUCGAUGGGGGGAAGGUGACAGUGUUCAUCGAUGGCGUUCAGAAAUUUCAAGUGAAGGAUAAAGGGCCAGGAGACUUGUAUUUCAAGUGUGGAGUUUAUGCUGCCCCGGGUAAUAUCAGCUACUACAUGGAAUCAAGGUGGAGAGACAUCAAGAUUUACAAAAAAUAAAAGUGAAGGAUUGAGAUCUUUGUAGUCUGUAUUGAGAAAACUCUUGAUUAGCUAUUAUGCAGAUGGACUUUUUCUCUCAAA